CUGUUCAAAGAAGGAAACCAAAUUAGGAAUUAAAUUGCGAACAAUUAAAUGUGGAAAUCAAUUGUUCUCCAAAAAAUUAAUUCUAAUUGUCGCUAAUGAUUAGAAAUAAAUUCUCUCAAUGGGAGGAGUUUAAUUCUAACAUGUGAUUGAGAAAAAUUCGUUUUCUUUUUUUCUAUUGACGAGAUUGUGUUUACAUCUUUUCUUCAAUAGAGUUAAUUGUUGUUCCUAAAUUUUAAUCAACCUAAUUAUGUAUCUAAUUGUUUCUUUUUACCCAUUUAACUACUUUAAGAAUAGUGAUUAUCUAAUUACGAGAAAACAAUUAAUCUAAAUACUGUGAAUGUAAAUGUGAACAAUCAACAAAAAGCAUAACCGAUUUUUUCUCAUUUUGUUUACCUUGUGUUUCAUUUUCUUGUAUUUUCACUGAGACUUUUAUUUUCUACCAUUUACAAUUAAUCUAAUUGUUACAAUUUAUUUAUCUCAUUUUAUGUUUAACUAACAUCUGCUUUCUCUUAUGUGUUGAUUACUAUUCUAAUUGGAUUGGAUUAAUCAUCUUCUUCUCCUAGAAUAUAAUCAUUUGUGUAUAUAACAGAUAGAGAAGAGACUUUUACUUUUUGCUGAUUAUAUUUUCUAGCAAAUCUUUAAUCAUAAUCUCAUUACGAGUGAUUUAAUCACUUGAUUGUUGUGUGUAUUUGAAGAUGGUUUUUGAAUCAUUAACUUCCAAUUUACUAAAUACCUAUUUAAAUGAAUUUGUUGAUGAUUUGUCUGCCAAUCAGUUAAAAAUAGCUGCUUUUACCGGUGAUAUUGAACUGAACAAUUUGGCAAUCAAGGGAAAUGCCUUUGAUUCACUUAACUUACCCUUCAGGGUUGUCUAUGGACAUAUUGGUAAAUUCAAAGCGAAGAUACCUUGGGUUUCCCUUUACACCAGUCGAGUUGUUUUCUCAAUCUCUGAUAUUUUCAUUGUUUGUGUUCCAAAUGUUGAAAGCAAAUACGAUGCUGAGACUGAAAAGAAACAAAUGGAAGCAGAGAAAAAGAAACAAUUGAAACAAAUUGAAGAAGCAAUGAGAACAGCUAAUCUAAAAGGCUCAGAAGAUGAAUCAGCUCAAGGUGACGAUUUCGUCACUAAAUUGGUCGCUCAGAUUAUCCGAAAUUUGGAGAUUCAGGUUGACAAUGUUCACAUUUGCUACGAGGACAAAUUCACUAAUCCUAAGUCACCAUUUUCUAUGGGCUUAACACUGAGUCGAUUAGCUUUCGUCACAUCCCAAGAAACUUGUACUAAAUAUAGUUUAUCAAAUCGAGAGAACUCUUUCCUUAAACAUAUCUCAUUGGAAUAUUUAUCUUUCUAUUGGAACUGUUCUGAUGAUGUCAAAUUUAUAUCCGAUUUAAAUGAAGACGAUAUGGAUCGUGAAUUUCAGUCUCGAAUAGCAUCAAAAUGGAAUAAGCCGAAAAAUUUAACUUACAUUUUAAGGCCAAACAAUUUUACAGCUCAAACUUUUAUCAAUAGAAAACCGAAAGAGGAAGAUUUUCAAGUUCCCAUGUUUGACAUUGAUAUGCUUUUAGAUCAAUUUACCUUGGCACUAAAUCGAGGACAAUUUGAAUCUUUUCUACUUCUCCUUGAUUCGGUUGACCGUAUGAAACUGGCAGCACCUUAUCGUCAAUGGAGACCUCAUGUACCGGUUAAGGGAAACGCAUCAGUUUGGUGGCGAUUUGUACAAACAGCGAUCUUGGAGACUGAGAUUCGUCAACGUAAUCAAAUUUGGUCCUGGUCUUAUAUUAAAGCUCAUCGGCAGUUGUUGAAAGAUUACAAAGAGGCUUACAAAAAGUACCUUUUAAACCCGAAGAAAGUUAAACCAGGAAUUGUCGAUGAAUUGGAAUCAAAGUUGGACGUUUUCAAUAUAAUCUUAGUACGAAGUCAAGUUGAACUUGAGGUGGAAAAGAUUCAAGCGGAAAAGGCUCGAUCACAGGAGGUCAAAGGUGGCGGUGGUUGGUUUGGCUGGAUUUGGGGAUCAUCCAAGAAAGAUGAUGAAAACUCAUUGACAAAACCGAUUUUGGAUGAGAUUAAGAAAGAGAUGACGACAGAUGAGAAAUCUAAAUUAUAUGAAGCAAUCGGCUACGAAGAAUCUGUUCCAGCAGAGUAUCCACCAUUUUUCGAGGCUUACCUAAUUGCAAUUAAAUUACGAGCAAUUCAAGUUUGCAUAAUUGACGAGAAAAAAGAUGUCAACAUAAUCUCCUUUGGACUUAACGAUGUUUCUACCCGUUUAGGUUAUCGACCUUCAAGUAAUGGCCUUCGUAUUGGUACAUUGGUCCAUGCAAUUGAUUUAAAGGGUGUUGAUGAAAAUCAAUUGGUUACCAAUCAAGUUUGUGAUCUUGAUUUACUGGAAAUCACAUUGGAAACAAAUCCAUUGGAUGCUUCAUUUGAUUAUGGUGUUACCUGUAAAGCGAGAGGUGUUGAUGUCAUGUAUCAUGCACCAACAUUUAACGCGCUUUUGGACAUUGUUACACCACAAAGCGAUGUAUCUCUCGAUCAGAUUCAAGCAUUGGCUGAGAUUAAAUUUAACCAAUUUAAAAUGAUGUCUGUAACUGGAUUAGAAUAUGCAAUUGAACAACAUAAUACCCUUAAAGUGGACAUUGUUAUUGAACCUUCUUAUAUCGUUAUCCCUGAUCGUGGUUGUGUCAACGAUUGUGAAAAUGUUUUAAUCCUUUCUUGUGGUGAGGUUAAUGUUUCCUCUGAAUUUACUGACGAUUCACCGACCUCAUUACGAUUAAAAUAUCAAGAUUCUGGAGAAGAAGCUUUGAUCAAUGCAGUUCGAGAAAGUGCCUAUGAAAGAUUUCGUUUAAAAGUUUCUCGAACUCAAAUAAUUUUGACGACCGGUGAAAAUUGGGUCAAUGAUUUAAACGAAACUCGAACUCAGAAAACACCUUCAGUUAAUAAUUUAUUGGAACCUUUUGGCCUUGAACUGUGUUUAAUGCGUUCCAUCAUUGCCGAUGAUCCUCAUAUGCCUCAAAUGAGAAUCGAAGGUACAAUCCCUUCGAUAUUUUUUAAAGCUCGAAACAUUCAACUAUGCCGAUUGUUCAAUUUACUCCUAACUGUGCCUACACCUAAAAAAUCAGAGACCCUUCACAUUGGACCAAAAGUCGAGAGUAGUGAAGUAAACGAGGCAAAGGCAACUAACGACGCUCUCAAAAUAGCCCAAGAAACAGCUAAACUUGAAGCUCGAUCUUCAAAGGUUCAAAUGACUCACCUUGUGCUAAAUUUUAAGGUCGAAUCGUUAACCUGUGAUCUACAAACUGACAAUGGAGUUGAACUGCUCCUUCUUUCAGUUAAACAAGUUGGAACGGAAAUAUUUGUUAAAAGUUUCGAUACCAUUGUUGACCUUUAUCUGGGUCAAAUUCUAGUCCAAGUUCACGAUCUUGAUGUAGCCGGAGCUCCAGUGUUCAAGUUAAUCGAAACAAUUGAGAAUGAAAAUUUAUUGCAACUUAAAUUCCGUUCAACACUUAAAAAUGGUCCAACUUUUGAAGAUGUUGUCCAAAGUAUCGACAUUAAAAUGGCCCAAUGUAAAUUGUUCAUUGACUCACCAAUACUGGACGAGUUACUAUUGUACACACAAAAAAUAGCAAACAGUUUACCCUCUGCAGGCGAUGAUGUCGAUCGAGCGGUCAAUCGUCGUAGACCCUCAGUUUCUAGUCAAAUCAGUACCAACCUAUUUCCUGGAGUAUUGGUUAAACCGAAAAAGAAACGAGAAGUUGAAAUGUGUAAAGUGAUCAAUUUAAAGACGACAAUUUUCGUGGACAGUGUUGUCCUUGCCAUCGGUGGUAUUUGUUCAACAACUUUGGAGGGUUUAGAAGCCGAUUUAACAAUUUACGAAACAGGUCGGAUAAAUACUAAAGCUCGUUGGAAUGAUUUUGCCAUAAUUAAUUGUGUUCGCGAUCCUUAUAAUCCUCGGAUCGCAAAUCGUAACCUAGUUCAUGAAAAAAUAAUAAUCUCUCAAAGUAAACGAGUAUUGGAAGUUGAAUUAACCAUGUUUACACCUUCUGAAACAAAACACUCACCGGGUAACGUUGAUAUGCAGCUAAAUGUACACUUUGGACGUUUAAAGAUUGUCUUUCUAAAUGAAUUUAUUGUUCGAUUAAUGAAUUUCCUUGCCGUCUUUGAGACAGCCAAGAAACGCGCUAUUGCAGCUUCAUCUGCAGCCGCUGGAUUUGCCAAACAAACGGCACUUGAUGCCUACCAAAAUGCAACUAAAAUUGGACUCAAUGUUAUCCUAGAAGCACCAUUAAUAAUUGUCCCUCGAAACUGGGAGUCAAGACAUUGUUUAUCAGUAGAUCUUGGUAGAAUCGCUAUAAGCAAUCAAAUUGAAUCUUCCCAUUCAAAAUUAUUGGAUCACAUUAAAUGUGAACUAACAAAUACCCGAGUCUCUAUGACCAAAGACGGAACCGAGAAAUCAUUGGACAGUAUCGUUGAACCUUUAAGUUUUAAUCUGUCAGCAACUCGAAAUCUUAAUUUUGAAAAUAACAAAGAAAUUCCCGAAUUGAAUUUAAGUGCCACACUAGAAGAGGUUCGCUGUCAAAUAUCACAAACCAAUUUAAUGCUAAUCAUGAGUAUUCUCAAUGAAAAUGUAUCCGCUGCCUAUGAUAUUGAUAAACCACUGGCGGGUGAGGAUGUUACUUGUUCAGCAAUGGUAACCACUUUAGCUGAACCUCGAAGUAAAAAGGUGAAAAGUAAAAAGUUACAUCCCUCAAGUACUGAGGUUUCGUUACCUUUAGCGACAACAAUUGUCGAGGAAGCGGUUGUCCAUGUGGACGCGAUCCGAGAGGAAGAGGAACAUGAUAAAGUUGUCGAAAGGAUAUUCAAUAGAUACCAAGUGGCAUUCGCAAUGCCCAAGGUGGACUUAGUUUUAUACCAAGAGGAAGAGAAAAAUGUUCAAAAUAAGUUGACCAAUGCUUACCUAGCAGGAUUUGAUGUCCAAUGUGCAAUGAAAACGGACGAUUCAUUGGUACUCACAAUGACCAUGAGUGACAUUGUUUUAUGUGAUGAAAGACCUUCCAAGAAUCGUCGAUUACGUCGUCUAAUGUACUGUAAUGAUUAUAUUUCAACUUCUGCUGAUACCCAAGGGAAAACAUUGAAAAUUCACUUUAAACGGCAAACCGAUACUGACACUUUCGUUGACAUUGAAAUGUCCGGUUUCACAUUGAUCUUUGCUCUUGAUUAUUUACUUCAAUUAUCAAAUAUUGUCACCUCAUCGUUACAAGGAUUACCUAGUAAUUCAAAUGUUUCAUCACCUACCACCGAUUUUCAACAAUUAACCGCUUCAACACGAGAAGGAAUCAGAGCUCGAGUCGCUGAAUUAUCGCCCGAAAAAAUUUACAUCACCAAACCCGUUGACACUCCUUUGAUGAGCGUUAAAUUUACCAUGUCCGAAGCUGAUAUUGUACUAAUUGAAUCAACCGAGAUGGAAAAUCCUCCGGCAGUUAUUUUCAACAGUUUGAUGGAUUUUGAUGUUAAAAUGAAAGACGAUGUCAUGUCCAUUAAAGGGUCAAUAGGUCACAUUCAACUGGGUAUCACAAGCCUUGAAAAUUACCAGAAAACCAAAAAAGUGGACAAUUAUAUUGUUCGUCCAUUUGAAAUUUACAUGAUCGCUGAAAUGAAUGGUUCAGCUUCCCAACAUAUUGACAUUGAUUUUACCGAUAUUGGCCUGUUUAUCUCACCGAACACAAUUCAAAUUUUAAUGUCCAUUUUAAGUGCACUUGGUCAAUCUACCGAAGAGAAACCCGAUGACCAAGGUGAAGAUAAAUUGAGAGAGGAAUUGGCCAUCUUCUCACCCAAACCAUUAUCGUCAGUGACCAAGUACAGUUUCUUACAUUAUACAGUAGCACCCGCAAUUGAGGCCACAGAGGAUUUAGUUUUCGACGAGCCUGAUACAAAGAAAGUCGAUUUUAUUUUACAACAAUUAGUUGUUAAAGUGAAAAAUAUUUCAAUUACAAUUGAAUCUGGAGGAAUGGAUUCACAGCCUUUAAUUAAACUGAUCUCAUCACAUACAAUUAUCCUUGACAAUUGGAACAAUUUAAAUAUGAACUCAUCAUGUUAUAUGGAUUAUUACAAUGAGAAAACUUUUUCCUGGGAGCCGAUUAUCGAAAUGAUCGAUGCAGAACCUUGGUACUUUGACCUGAAAGCGAAAAUAAUUUCGGAAGAAGGUUCAAAUUCAAGGGUAAGCGCGUUUCUAGAAUCAAGAUCUCAACUUGAGAUGACUUUGUGUAAAUCGGCAAUAAGUGUGAUCACCGAUCUUGGUCAAGCUUUUACCAAUGUUGUUAAACAACCGGACACUUCAUUAUUGGGACAGAAUUUAAUUGAGUUUUCAAAUUUCACCGGAAUGGAUUUAUCAAUUGUUGUUGAUACACGUAAAUUUGUCCACAAUUUAACGGACGCAGUGAAAACAUCAGAUCACUAUGAGAAGAUUAAAAUAGCCAAUGGUCAAGUUGCCAAAUUAAACAAUCUCAGAGAAAGCGCUUUCGAUCACGAUAACGAGGUAGUCUGUGAAUUGUCCCACAAAGGCCAAACAGUAACCCGACGUUUCUCACUCAGAGGAACCGAGAGAAAGUGUUUCCGUUUCCCAUUGUUAAGUUAUCCUGGUGAUGAAUACAAAUGGAUAUUUGAUAUUGGUCAUCGAGACUCUCGGACAAAACGAGUUAUCUUUGGGUCAACCGUUGAGAUAACAAAUCAUUUCCAUAUACCAAUGCGAUUAUAUUACAUUGAUAUUUCAGGUAAUAUGGAGGAAUACACUUUCCUCUAUCAAAUUGAACCAAGUGCAUCUUAUUUCCUUCCGGUGGAUAUUGUUUACUCCAAGUACCAGUGUGUCUUUGUUAAACCAAGUGACGAUUAUUGUACACCAAGAGAUGCGAUUUGUUGGAAAGCUAAAGAGGUGAAGAUAUUUACACACUUUUUCUCAACGAUAACCUGUGAAUCCAAGAAGAAAGAUCCCGAUUUCUUUAUUCGAGUGGGCUGUAAAAUGGAAAAUAUAAUCUUCGAGGAUACUCAGCGUUCAUCACCCGAAUGUUUUUGUUACAAGUUCAACAUUUAUCCGGUUCUCAAAUUUCGUAACCUGUUACCUUUUAGUAUUACCUAUUCCCUUGAAUUUUCAGAUGAACAAUCACCUAAAGAAGGUCUCAUUGAACCAGGAGAAGCUCAUAAUCUAUGUAAUUUAAAUUUAAAAUCAAAUCGAGUUGUAAUUGUACUAAACAAUUAUCGAGGUAAAAAAUGGGUCUGUCGAGCCAAAUUUCCGUUUAGAUGGAUGAAAGAUGAUCAAAUUGAAAUUUGGUCUUUCACUCAGAUCGAUCCAAUUGAAUCGGGUUCCGUUCCAACCCUUGAUCUGGCAAUAAACUUUUGCAAUUCCGAUGAGAUCGGCUGCCGAAUCGCAUCACUAUUUUCACCAUUUUGGAUGCUCAAUAAAACUGGAUUACCUUUAACCUACAAAAUUGGUGAUAAUUUAACUCAUCAUCCACCUAAUCAAAAAGUUCCCAUCUUGUUAUGUUUUAAACCGAAAACACUUUUUAGUAAGAAAAAACUUUCCCUCGCUUUUGGUGAUUCCCGAUUCUCUGAUUCUUUCUCAAUCGAUGCCGUUGGAAACAAAGGAAAUGUCAUCGCCAAAGGAAAAGAUAAACUUAAUUAUUGUGCUUCCAUCGAGAUUGAAUUAAGCAGCUUCGGAUUUACCAAAAUUGUAACAGUUUCACCAUUUUACUCAAUUGUUAACAAAUCAAAUUUGGACCUCGAAAUUAGUGAAGAUAAUGAUGAAUGGAUAUUAGUUUCAACUCGAAGUACCAAAUCACUUUGGCCGAAGAGUAACAAAGAGUGUUCACUUUAUUUCCGUCUACCCGAACAGAAAACGGAAUCAUCCCGUCCAAUUUCAUUAAAAGAACCUGUAUCAAUGUUACUUCGAGUAGCCGAUCGUUUGGUUGUAGUUAAUGUCGAUAUUACCGACAAUUCAGUUGUCAUACAAUUGACAAACUAUUUCCCCGGUUCAGCGCCAGUAAGAAUAUUCAAUACACUGGAAGAUUUAACCAUCGAUUUUGGUCAAAAUUUGGUACCAUAUCGACGUCGGAUUCCACCUUUACAUUGUACCUAUUUCACUUGGUACCCUGUCAGUUUAGUUAAAGGUUUUGGUCGAGGUGUUGUUGGUAUUAUUGCCGAUCCGGCCACGGGUGUUAUCGAUUUCACUUCUGGGUCACUUAACGCUCUCCAAAGAGCGGUUGAUAUAAACGCUGAGGCUGAGAAACAACGUCCCUCGCGUCAUUUUCACAUGGAUGGUGUUCUUCGUCCUUACAAUCGACACGAGGCCAUCGGCAAAUCAAUCUUACGUGAUGUUGACAAGGGUCGAUUCGCAUCUACCGAUAAUUAUGUCGCUCAUUGUUACCUUACCCAAGAAAGUGUCUUACUAAUUACCGAUAAUCGAGUGAUGUUCCUAAAGCAAAGUUUCCUCUCGAAAUGUUUGGACCUUGAAUGGCACGAAGGUUAUGAUAAUAUUGCUCAAGUCGAAAUAGUUGAUGGGACAAAUAUUUUAAUCACUCUAAAGGAACAUAAAAAGAAACUCGGAGGAUUAUUAUCUGGUGAAGGGACUCAUUUAAUCCACUGCCCGAAAGUUGAUAUAGCAAAGGCAUUAAGUCAAAAGAUUAUCAAUGUUAAGAAAUCUGGCCCUUGAUUGUUACCACUGGAACCAAAGAAUACUUGUUAAUUCAACGAUAAUUUGAAAUUAUGGCUUAAUUUUUUUUCGCAAUUCGCAAUCAAACAAUUUUUUCAGUUCAUCAAUCGUCUCUCUUUCUCUCCGAAUGUUUAAUUCAACAUUCCCAUGAACUACUAUACAAUUCAACAUUUGAUUCAAAAAUUCAUCUUGAUUGUCAAUCAAUUCCUCCUCUUUCUAUGCUAUCAUAAUACCGUUACCGUCCUAAAUCAAUAAACAAUUAAACAAUUUUCAA